CUGACUUGGAUAGCUCAGGAUAGCCGAGUCUCGUCAGAUCUUGGCUGCUAAGCAGGGUUAGCCUUGGUUAGUAAUUGGAUGGGAGACUACCAAAGAAGAACAGAUUUGCUAUACAGGGGCAGGCCGUGGCAAACAACCUCUGUUAGUCUCUUGGCUUGAAAACCCAGCAGGGGUCACCAUUAAUCAACUAGGCCUUGAUGGCACUUUCUACUACCAAUGUGGUCCAUAAUAGUUUAUAUCCUGUCUCAUGGGUAUAUUUUGUCUAACAGAUCACUGACAUUUUCUUCUACCAACGUUGUGAAUCUAAGCUUGAAAAACUGCUUUUAACAGGUGCAGAAUAUCCCAUCCCAUUUUAUAGAGUGGAUCAAAGAUUAUAUCAGCACUUUGGUGUCUGUCUUAUUGCAUCUGAGAUGAAUCAAGGAUGUUGGUUCUGACUAGUGUCUUUGGACUGGAAUUUUACAGAGCCAGCAUGGUAUAGCAAUUAAUCUGAGAGACUUCAAAUACCCGCUCUUUCCUUAAGCAUGCUGAGCUAGUCCCUUUCUCAGUCAUGCCUGCCUCUCAGGGUUGUUGUGAGGAUUAAAUGAAGGAAAGCAGAACAAGGUAUGCUGCCCUGAGCUCCUUGCGGGAGGACAAGAUAAUAAUUACUAAAUUAUAUAGAUUAAUAGUCUGUGGUUUUAGUUUGGUGACCAUAAAGUGGAAAUGAGAUAUUGCAUGUAGAUGCAGGUGAAUAAUUAUUAAGUUGCCUGGUUUUCAUGCUGCCUCUCCAGGCUUCAUAUUGUAGCUUCCAAGAGUUAAUUUCACCCUAAGGACUAUUAUUUAUCAAGAUGGGUAGUUGUUAUUAAAAAAAAAAGAUGGGUAGUUGUGUUAGUCUGUAGCAGUAGAAAGGAGCAUGAGUCCAGUAGCAUCUAUAAGACUUAACAAAAUGUGUGAUAGGAUAUGGGCUUUCAUGAGUCACAGUUCACUUCUUCAGAUACUGUCCUUUAGUCUUUCUUCUUCCUUCUUGACAUCUUUGAGAAUGUUUGUAGUAUUUGAACUUAACACAAAGUGCUUGAGCACUAUCUGAUUGUAUAUGAGUUAUAUUUAUCUUUAUAUAAUAUUACUUGACCAUUUGGUUAGAAUUUGAACACAUGUUGAUUGGAUUGGACGUAUUGCAUGCUGGAGUAUUUUCUUAUAAGUACACGCACAUAAUAUUUGAUAAGAAUAAAUUUUAUUGUAUUGUAAUUUUUUACAUCUAGUAUUUAGCAACCAUUAGCAUAGUGGGGGUUUUGUAGUUAAUGGUUUCAUACACUGUGAUUCCUCCUGACUGUUGUAUAUAAUCACUCCCUGAUAUUUUGUGGUUGGUUCUGCCUCUGGCAGCAGCCAUUUUGUGGUUGUGCUCGCCACUUUGUGUCAGAAUUGCAGAGGUUCCCACAGCCUCGAAAAGUUUGGGGACCCCUGUUCAGUAGUGUCAAGCCAUUCUCUUUUUCCAUCAGUUUUUUUCCCCUUCCUGCUUGGCAAUAAGUGCAGCUUUGCAACAUUUUCUUUUACCAAAACAUCUAGGGCAACUCUUUUUCUGUAAAAUACCAUGGAAAGUGGUGAAAAUUGUUGAAAUGUGCAGUCAGGAGAAGUGGAGUGAAUGUUUAUAUCUUUAACAAUAUGUCAUCUGCAUCUGUACAAGAGAAGUGACACAUCCUGUCCUUCAGAGGAACUUGUAUAUAAAAGAAACAGUUGUAUGUUAGUACUUCUCCUACUCUUCCAUUCAGUAUUUUGAUAAAUAAUUAGCAGACAGAGACAUUAGCACUAAUGGCUUUUCCGGAAACUUUGUUCCACCGUGUAGUAUAAUAGAGCAUCUGGAUUGUUUCUGCAGUGGUUAAGUCAGGGAGGUUGCAGCUUGGUUUUGAGAGUCGGGUGCAGCUUUCAAUACUGAAGAGUUGUGACUUGUGAAAUAUUUGAUUAGUAAUUUUAAAAAUCUCAUUUUGGCCCAGUGGCUGGAUAUCAGGCUCCUUGCAGCUGUUAAUCUUGUGGCCAAUGGGAUUUUUUCAUUUGUGGUGGUGGUGUUUAAGGGAGAAAGUGUUCAGUUUUCUGUGGUUCGAGUCCUGGCACCUCUAUUUAAAUAAUCCUGGAUAAAAAUGAGGAAAAUUUCUCCCUGAGAUUCUAGACAGCUGCUGCCAGUCAGAUGUGACAGUAAGAGACUGGCGAUCUUUCUCGGUACAUGGCUGCUUCAUAUAGGCAGCUGGAGAGGCACUUUGCAGUUAGAUGGGGGUGUUCAAGACCUCACUUUGAUCUUCGUACACAUGCUAGUAUUCUGAUAUAAGCAAUAAUAAACAGAGUUCUAGGAGAUGUUACAAUCCAUAGGAAAUGCCAGACAAACCACAAGUAUUUUUUAAAUGUAUAAAAUCUGGAAGGACACCUUGCAGGGUAAGUUCAAUACAUUAAAAGUUCAUCUCUCUUUCCUCAAAGAGAAUAAUAUCACCAUUGCAAUGUGUUAUCAAAGCAUGUAAGCACAUUCAGACCUUUUUUAAUUUCCUGUUUCAAAUUAAAGGUCUCCUGAGAGACAGAGGGAAAGGUAGAGGAGCUGAUUUUUAUUUUGCCCAAAGAUGCAAAAACCAUUAAAUGGGUUAGGGCUCUGUCAAGCAGCAUUAAGAGGGAAAAGAGUUACAAUUAUGAAGGACAAAGACACACGGAAAAGUAAAGGAGUUGCAUUUAUUUUAUUCUUGGAUAAAGAAUCGGCACAGAAUUGUUCUCGGGCACUUAACAAUAAGCAACUAUUUGGGAGAGUAAUCAAAGCAAGUAUUGCUAUUGACAAUGGGAGAGCUGCAGAAUUCAUCCGCAGGCGAAACUACUAUGACAAGUCAAAAUGUUAUGAAUGUGGAGAAACAGGACAUUUAAGCUACGCGUGUCCUAAAAACAUGCUAGGAGAGCGUGAGCCACCCAAAAAGAAAGAAAAGAAGAAGAGGAAGAAAGCCAUUGAGGCAGAAGAAGAAAUCGAGGAGCUGGAAGAAAGUGAAGAUGAAGGAGAAGACCCUGCUCUUGAUAGCCUCAGCCAAGCUAUAGCAUUCCAGCAAGCCAAAAUUGAAGAAGAACAGCAAAGAUCAACGCAGACUGCAGGAGAGCCUUCAAGUUCUGACUCAAGGCGUCCCCGCAUCAAAAAAAGUGCAUAUUUCAGUGAUGAGGAAGAACUUAGUGAUUAACUUGUAUAUUAUGUAAAUUUGUAAAAUAGAGAUGUGUCCUGUAGAAGUUUGUGUUACACCUAAAGAAAGGAGCUGCUAUAACUAGCCUACUGCUGUAAAUAAAAGUAUAAUGUAUUAAGAACACCAAAAAUUUCUACAAUUCUGAAUGUCUCCAUGGUUAAAAGUGCAGUAUUUUUAUGGUCAUUGUAACCAUCUUUAAAAUCAAUGUCAACUUUUCCUCGUUGUUUGUUAGAUAUAUUUUAAUAAACAUUUGCAAUUUCUUAAGGAA